AUGAUUUCUCAGAAGGUUGCUCAGCAGUCGCUGCGACGGCUCGCCGUCCAGCAGCCCUAUGCCAUGCGGUGGUCUCUCAUGAACGCCGCCUCACCUGCCGCCGUUGCUAUUGGAAGAAACGUUCAGACAAGAUUCGCCGCAACCGACGCGAAGACCACCGAUCCCACAAAGCUCCUCGCCGAGCAGCGUCUCCGCCGCCCCGUCGCUCCCCACCUGUCCAUCUACCGACCUCAGAUUACCUGGUACGGUAGUGCUGCUCACCGUGUCACUGGUCUUCUCCUGUCCGGCCCUCUUUACCUCUUCGCAACUGCCUACCUUGCCGCUCCUUUGUUCGGCUGGCACCUCGAGUCGGCCUCUCUGGCUGCUGCUUUCGCUGGUCUGUCCGUCGCUGCUCAGGUCGGUCUGAAGAGCUUUUUCGCUUUCCCCUUCACCUACCACUGCUUGAACGGUCUGCGACACUUGACAUGGGAUCUUGGUCGGGGUAUCACCAACAAGCAGGUUGCGCAGAGUGGGUGGCUUGUGGUUGGCGUGAGCGCCGUUACCGCUCUUUUCCUUGCUUUCCUUUAG